AUGGACACGAAACUCAGGUCUUCAAGAGCUUAUAAAAGACAAUACUCGUUAUGUAUAAGUAAUGCUCUGGUUAAGAACUGUGUAAAGUAUAAUAUUGAGCAAAUCACGCAUAUUUGUUACCAAAUAGCCAGGGCAGCCUCUCUCUAUAAUGUGGUAGAAUUGGUGGUUAUGGACAUUGAAGAUGGAGCUGAAGGCGGAGACAGUGCCAACCCGGGAGAGAUUAAGGAAUUUGGACCAAAAGGGCAAAAGAAGAUCAAGUUUGAUGAAACUCUGGAGCCUAAAGGUGCUUCGCCAGCAGCAGAGUCUCAGCCUAAACCACCAGUUUAUUCUCCAGAAACCAUGAUAAUACUGGUACUAUUGCAGUUUUUUGUCACUCCACCAUAUUUAGUCAAGUCAAUAUUUACCAAAGAGCAACAGAAAUAUUUGAAAUAUGCCAAGAAACUUCCAAUGAUACCUACUCUUCCGUUUAUGCAGAACGGGGAUGUGCAUGCCAAAUACAAGGAAGGGUUAUCCGUUCCACAAUAUUCUUCAACUAUCCAUGUCAAGAGAUGGAAGACACCAGAUGGUAAGAUCAAAAAACGAAAAAGAGGUUCUAAUAAUCUGAAAACUCGAUUUGUUAAUAUUGGACGAGACACCCUUUUUGAACUAGAAAAAGGCCAGGAAGUCCCCAUGAACGUAAGGGUUACCGUUGAUUUGAAAAAGAAAAUAGUUGUAUCUCCCUUGGAUGCUUACGGAAUCACAGGUUUAAAAUCAAACUUCGGCUACAGUGUCAGAGCUGUCAAGGAAUUUCACCAAAUAUAUACAGAGAGCGGUAAUCCAGAUGGUUACUCUCGAUCCUGUUUCGUUGAAGCAGGGGAUUUUUUCAUAAACCAAUCUCACACGCAGGAUCACAAUAUGGAAAAGUUACCAAUGAUUGAUAAUUCCGAGGAAUUUAAAGAUGGUCAAGAGCAUCUUUUACUAGUGAUCACAAGAUGGAGAGAGCUCCAAGAAUUUUUCAAAGCUGACAAUUCCGACAUGCUCAAAGAGAUAGAGAGCUGCGAGUCAAUGUUUGAUAACCGUCUUGAGAUAAUCAACGGAACCAAACUAGAAGAUGCGAUUCUGAUAGCCCUUGCCAAACUAGAGAGUUAG